GACACGUAAAAUACACUUUAGGCGUUUCUUCUUAAAAAACUAAUAUAAACUACAUUACCCUGCAUGCAUCACGAUGACGUAGUUAACAAGAGCCUUCAGGAUGGUGCUCGAAAGUACUAUGGUCUGUGUGGACAACAGUGAAUACAUGCGCAAUGGCGACUUUCUGCCCACGAGGCUUCAGGCUCAGCAGGAUGCAGUUAAUAUUGUUUGUCACUCCAAGACUCGCAGCAACCCUGAAAACAAUGUGGGCCUCAUUACCAUGGCAAACAACUGUGAAGUGCUGACAACACUGACUCCAGACACGGGGAGGAUACUGUCAAAGCUGCAUGCAGUACAGCCUCGUGGAAAUAUCAGCUUCUGCACGGGCAUCAGGGUAGCACAUUUGGCCUUGAAGCACAGACAGGGCAAAAACCACAAGAUGCGCAUCAUUGCGUUUGUUGGCAGUCCAGUAGAGGACAAUGAAAAGGAGUUGGUCAAAAUGGCAAAACGUCUGAAGAAAGAAAAGGUUAAUGUGGACAUCAUUAACUUUGGAGAAGAGGAGAUGAACACAGAAAAACUGACGACCUUCAUUAACACGCUGAAUGGUAAAGAGGGCAGCGGCUCUCAUCUGGUCACGGUACCUCCUGGCCCCAGUCUGGCGGACGCUCUGCUGUCCUCGCCCAUCCUCGCCGGGGAAGGCGGUGCAGUGUUAGGCCUGGGCGCCAGUGACUUUGAGUUCGGAGUAGAUCCCAGUGCAGACCCAGAGCUGGCUUUGGCUCUGAGGGUGUCGAUGGAGGAGCAGAGACAACGGCAAGAGGAUGAAGCCCGCAGAGCCACUGUGGUAUCAGCUGCUGAAGCUGAAAUUUCCUCACCUGCUGACGAAUCUGAGGAUGCCCUGUUGAAGCUGUCCGUUCCAAAUACAGACUCUGCUACACCUGCGUUGCCUGAUUUCAGCCGUAUGACAGAGGACGAACAGAUUGCAUAUGCUCUUCAGAUGUCCAUGCAAGGAUCAGCAGCAGAGUUUGGUGGCGAGGACAUGGACUCAAGUGAGGCAAAGGAUGAAGAAGACUAUGACGUGAUGCAAGAUCCAGAGUUCCUUCAGAGCGUCUUGGAGAACCUUCCCGGCGUUGACCCUAACAACGAGGCCAUCCGUAACGCUAUGGGUUCACUGGCCUCACAGACUGGCCCUAAACCUGACACCAAAAAGGAUGAGGAGAAAAAGAAAUGAGCAUGUAAAAGGAAGAGUGAAAUAUAUGCUUACUCAACAUUUCUGACAGUUGUGUUCCAGAUGUAUAUCACAGGGCAUAAAAACACACUCUUCUGCU